AUGAUAUUAGCUAACAAGAGGGCCAUUAUUACCGGAGCUUCCAAAGGGGUUGGAUUUGCUUUGGCUAAGAAACUAGCUGAUUUGGGGUGUUCUUUAACGUUAAUUGCUAGAAAUGAGGACUCAUUGAAACAAAAUUUGAACCAAUUAUCGAUAAAGGAUGCAAAUCAAAAACAUUCGUAUAUUAGUUAUGAUCUUGCAAAGCUAUUAACUGAUGAAGAAUCGGCCAAAAAACCAAUUAUGGACUGUAUUGAUGGGCUGUCGAUACUUAUCAACUGUGCUGGGCUCACUAAUCAUACUUUACUUUCUAGAAUUAAAGACGAUACUAUAAUCUCGACAAUAAAUUUGAAUUUAAUCGUUCCAAUCUUGUUGACAAGAUUAAGUACUAAACCAAUGUUGAAGCAAGCUGCUAGACAAAAGGAAAAUGAGAUCAAACCACAGAUUUUGAAUAUAUCUUCGGUUCUUUCUUUGACAAAUACUUUAAUGCCGGGGACUUCAGUUUAUUCGGCUUCUAAAUCAGGAUUAUUAGGGUUCACCAAUGCUUUGGCUUACGAAUUGAAAAAUAAAGUUAAAAUCAACUCAAUUCUACCCGGGCUUAUAUUUGAAACUGAAAUGGGCGCUAACGCUAAUUUAAAAGGAGAGGAAUUACACGCUAUUCCCUUAGAUACGGUUAUUAAUGAAGCAGUUAAAAUCAUUCUAGAUAAUAGUAUAAAUGGCCAAAAUAUCAUUGUGGACGGUCGUGGUACUAAACCUUUUCAAAUAUAUAAAGGCCAAUACUAG